AUGGAAGACUCUCUACUCCAUCUGAUUGCCCGCGAUGGGGAAACUGGCCAUUCUCAGGGCCAACGUGCAUUGGUGGUGACAGCGGUACUGACUGCCAUUUCCACUGUGAUUGUUGCUAUGCGGUUUUAUGCACGACUUGGUUUGAUGAAAAUCACUGGCCGUGAAGACUGGGCUAUCUUGAUUUCCCUGGUGUCUGCUCUAGUCUAUCUAGGUCUUGUUGCUGCUCAAUAUCACUACGGCAUGGGAAUCCACUCCGAUCUGCUUUCAAGACAUGUGCUACAACAGCAACUCAAGUGCCUGUGGGCUGCUAUCCCAUUUUACAAUGCCAGCUUGGCGUUCACCAAGUUCUCCAUUCUUUUCCAAUAUCUACGCAUCUUCCCUGGUCGAUCGUUCCGCUUAGCAUGCUACAUCAUGAUGGCAAUCGUGGCCACAUACUCAACAUGGGCCAUCAUCAGUGGCUUUGUGAACUGUGUGCCAGUCGCCAAAUUCUGGAACCAUGAUAUCCCAGGCACAUGUCUGACUUUCGAGACCGUCUGGUUCUUCAAUGCUUCAAUGAAUAUCGCAACAGAUAUCUCGUUGCUUCUGCUGCCUAUGCCACUCCUUUCCAAGCUCCAACUGCCCCGCACACAAAAGCUGGCUCUCAUGGGUGUCUUUGCCAUGGGUAUUCUUGUUGUGAUUACCAGUAUUCUCCGUUUAUCAAGUCUUCGCGAGGUCGCAAAGAGCACCGAUACCUCCUACAGUAACGUCGCCGCUGCCUACUGGACAGCAGCAGAAUGCAACGUCGCGAUCAUCUGCUCCUGUCUCCCCUUCCUCCGACCUAUCAUCAGCCGCAUCUUCCCCAAGCUCCUCUCCACAAACAGCCACAACCGCUACACAACCAACAACAGACCAACCGUCACAAACAUGACCACAACACGCAGCCAGGCUCGCCACACAGAGCUUUUCAGCCAGAACCUCGACAAGGACUACGAUAUGUAUUCCAUCAAUGUCAAGCCUGGUGACCGCAUGAGUCAUAGCUCUCUCGGUGGUAUUGAGGUUACUACCGAGAUGAGCAUCAUGCAAGAGUCAACCAAGCAGGAUCAUGAGUUGACUAAACAUGAUAAUACCAGUGAGCGACGUCUGGUCCAGGAUGUUUGA